GGGACUGUCUUCCUGAUAUGGGACCAGCUUUAGGCAUCAGCGCAACUGUGAUUUAAACCCACUUGCUUUUACACAAGUUUCAAAAAGUUGUACGGAUCUUUUUUAAUCAAAGUGACCUAAUCCAUAGUGAUGGCUACAAUAAUGAGCCCAUACUCAUGGAAAGAAGGGUUGGAAUCUCCUGCUGGGGAAGGAAAGCCCAGGGCUGGUCUCACAGCUCACGAAUAUCCAGCCAGAAACAAAACUGAGCCACGAAUCCGGAGACCCAUGAAUGCCUUCAUGGUCUGGGCUAAGGACGAGAGGAAAAAACUAGCCAUCCAAAAUCCUGAUUUACACAACGCAGAGCUGAGCAAAAUGCUAGGCAAAUCAUGGAAGGCGCUCACUCCUCCACAGAAGAGACCUUUUGUAGAAGAAGCAGAAAGAUUGCGAAUCCAGCACAUGCAAGAUCAUCCCAAUUACAAAUACAGGCCUCGGAGGAAAAAACAGAUCAAACGUCUGUGCAAACGUGUGGACCCCAGCUUCCUGCUCAACAACUUCCCCCACGAUCAGACUCCUGUUCACAGUGGAAGAAUCUGCAGGGGGCCGCUGGAGGAGGAAGAGGAUAAAGGCUAUCGGCCAGCCUCGAGAUUUCCUGCAAUCAGCAGAUUCAGGGAUACACAGAACACAAAUGGGAGUUUCGACAACUAUGGGCUCCCCACACCAGAGAUGUCCCCUCUAGACGUAGUGGACGCUGAUCAUAGUUUCUUUCCACCUCCGUGUACAGAAGGUUCUCCUCCUCAGAUGAAUGGAAUGAUGUAUCAUUCAGAAUACAGUCAAAGUCCCAUUCGAUGUGGAAAUCUGAAUCAGAUCUCAAUCCAUCAAAAUAGAUCUCCUAUGAUGCACCCUUCUGCCAACCAUCCUGCACCACCUCCUUAUUAUAACCGAAUUUUACACCCAGCAUUCCAGUCCAUGAAUUCAGGCACAUCAGUCCACCUUUCUCCUCCACGUGACCACCAUCAUCUGGACAACCUUGAGCACAUCAGCCAGGCUGAACUUUUGGGGGAAGUGGAUCGAAAUGAGUUUGAACAGUAUUUGAACACCUCCAGUCACCUGAAUCAAGCAGGAAUGGUAAUGAACUCACAUUUAUCUGAUGUUAGCCCAUCAGGAGGCACAAGUUCAGAGAGGAGCUUAAUUGCAGUCUUAGCUGAUGCUACUGCAGCAUAUUAUAAUGGCUCCUAGACCAUACAGUGCCCUCCAUAAUGUUUGGGACAAAGCCCCAUCAUUUAUUUAUUUCCC